AUGCGGCCAAAAAACGUCAUCGGCCCCCUCGUCAUCGUCCUCCAGGGACACGCCGCCGUGGCCCUUCCCACCUUUGGAGCCAUCGGCAGCAUGGUGGACAACUUCCUGGGGCCCCUGGCGGGCGGAGGAGGCUCGUCGUCGUCUGGCGGAAUCGGAACCGCGAGCACGCAGACGCCAACCAGCGAGCAGAUCGACGCCGCGGCGCGCGCGUGGCGAAACGACACGGGCACCGUCUCCAAUUUCCUGUCCAACGCCGAGUCCAUGGAACCCCAGGAGCUGCAGAGGCAGGGCAAGAUUGCGCUCGACGCCGAAAACGACGAGCUCGUGCACAAGGCCGUCCUGGACCGCGUCUUCCUCAACGGCACGGCCGCCGCCAGGGACGCCAACGUCGCCGACGCCCACGACGUGCUGGUCAACCAGGACACGUUCCAGUUCAUCGUCGACGGCCUGACGCUCGUGUCCAAGCGCGGGUCGACCAUGAAGCCCGACGAGGUCAAGACCCUGGUCAGGGCCAUGAACCAGGACCGCUGCCCGCAUGUGCUGCCCGCCAUUGACAAGUACAUGGCUGCUGCGCAGGGCGCCGUCCCCGGCGGCGACACCUCGCUCAAGGCGUACCGGCCGACGAACUGCUAA